UAAGCAACAUUUACUAACCUGAAAUUGUUAAUAAUAUUAGUCUUUUUUCCUUAUCUUAAUAAAAAAAUUAACUUUAAAAUAAAGAAAACAUUAAAUUAUUAAUAAGAGUUCGUCCUCCUCUCUAAAGAGAAUUGAAAAAAGGUCAACCAUUUAUAUCUACAAUAGAUAUAUCUCCAGACCAUUCUUAAAUAAUAAUUUGCGAUUUUCAAACAAUGAACUAAAUAUCACAACAAGAAAUCGAAUAAUAUAUCCAAAAUUCCUAAAAUUACAUUCAAUAUCCAUUCACAUUCGACUAUAUAUUCGAUUAAGAAAGUACACAAUAAUAAAUAUACGAAAUCAGCGGCAAAAAUCAAAUAAAAGACCUCUAUGAAGGUUUUAACUCGACCAUAUUUGCCUACGGCUAAACAGGAACAGGCAAAACCUAUACGAUGAAAGGUUUCACAUACGAUUUAGAGGAUUCUAAUAUAGGCAUGAUAUUUCGAUCUGUAUAGGAUUUAUUUGAAAUCAUAAAAAAACAAAAAAAUAAAAAUAACGAUUUUGUAAUAAAAUGCUAAUAUUUGUAAAUUUAUAACGAAGUUAUUUAAGAUUUACUUUCUAAUAAUAUAAAUUUAUAAAUAAGAGAAGAUAAAAAUAAAGGUAUUUAUGUAUAGGACAUUUCCGAAUAUUAAAUAUAAAAUAUUACUGAUGUAUAAAAAUUAAUUAAAUAAGGAGACUAAGUAAGGGAGACUGCUUAAACUAAACUAAAUGAUGUUUCUUCAAGAUCACAUGCUGUUUUUAUAAUUAUUUUUUAAUAACUUUCAUUUGAAUUUAAUGAAUUUAAAGUCUCUAAAAUCAACUUUGUUGAUUUGGCAGGCUCAGAAAGAGUUUCUAUGUCAGGAUCUACAGGUAUUAGAUUAUAAGAAACCAAAAAUAUAAAUUAUUCUUUGGCUGCUUUGGGUAAUGUGAUUGCAGCUUUGACAUAAAAAGAGUAUAAAAGAAGUCAUAUUCCAUAUAGAGAUUCUAAAAUUACGAGACUUUUAUAAGAUUCUUUAGGAGGAAAUUGUAAAACUACUUUUAUAGGUACUAUUUCGCCUAGCAUUUAUGAAUUUAAUUGUUCUCUUUCAACACUUAAAUUUGUUAAUAGAGCUAAAAAUAUAAAAAAUUAUCCAAUAAUUAAUAAUAGAUUUGAUUAAAAAACAUUACUUCUUUAGUAUGAAAAAGACAUAAAUAAAUGUAAAUAAGAACUUUUUGAUAAAUAAUAAAAUUUAAUAAAUUCAAAAACUAUAUACUAAGUAUUUAAUAUACAUUAUAUAUAUAUAUAUAUAUAUAUAUAUAUAUAUAUAUAUAUAUAUAUUUAUAUAUUUAAUAAAAAAGCUUUAAAAAGAAAUAAGUUAAGCAGAAUGUGA